UGGAACAUCCAUGCAUUUAUUUAUCUGUUAGCAUCUGUUCAGUGAUUGGAUUGAUUCAGAGACACCUGAUGGUAUCGUAAUCAUAUUGUUACAAUCUGAGCUAGCGGGAACAUGUCGAUAUAAACGCAACGUCACGCAGCCACCACAAGAGGCGCUCUAACUUCGAAUUACCCACUUUGGUAAAUUGAAAAUAAAUUGAGUUUUAUAAGCUCAUGACUGUUUAAAAUAAGAUUAGACAAUUAAUAAAUUAUUUUUGAUUCAUUUGGGCCUUGAUAGGAGAGGAAAGCCUGGACUUUGGGUAUUUUUUUCCUACAAAUCGACUUUCUUCACCAGGAUUUUGUGUAUAAUGAUACAUCAGUGUCCAAUGAGUUCCACAGGUAAUCGAUCAGAGAACAGUGUGAACUCCACAUCUCUUCUUCUUCUUCUCUUUUUAUUAAACACCUCCACAGUAUAAGCAGAUUGGGAGUCAGCAGGUGUGUGUGUGUGUGUUUUGAUUUUAGUUUAGGAGGGGGGAUGGGUGGCAUCACCGUUUCCAUAGAAACGACAUGUUGUAAAGAAAAAAAGACUGUAAUUUGUAUGGUUUCCGUAGCAACAGACAACACAAUAUAGAAAGUUGUGCCAGGUUAGGAAAUAAAUCCGUUUUUUUCCAACACCAUGUUUGAUCUGAAUCGUUAGAUUUCUCCUGAUCUGCUAAGAAAUCCGACACAACAGUUUUAUUGGUGUCUCCGCAUCAGAGAGAGUGAAAAGCAGGAGGCGGAGCAGAAAGGAGCCCAAUCAAGAUCGGAUGUCUGGUUUAAAGGGCGUUAAUUAGCGGUGUCUGGCUGGGUGGGUGGGCUGGAGAUGCCACGAUGAAGGGGAAAUAAAAGGCACGAGGAGGAACACGCGCUGCAGAGGGAAUCCAGAUCGGGCUGAUCUGGGUUGCAUGCAGCCGGCGUCCUUUUCACUGCGUGCACCGCAUCACUCACCGACCCGCACAUUCGCCCAGCUGGACCACCCUUCAGGCUGCGUGGUGACCUGAUGUUGCAGGGCGGAGCUGGAGCGUCUUGUCUGCAAGGCUGGUCCCCGCAACUGCGUGCAAAGUGAUUGUUUGGUGAGUUUUCUCGGAUCAUGAGGAGUUGCUGAGAUUUUUUCUGUUGCGCACGAAACCUGCAGAAGGCAUCAGUUUUGCUUCGUAACCGCAGCGGAUGAGAAAACUCCGCGAAAAGAGCGAGCAGCGGCGCCGCGGGGAUCGCAGCAGAUUGGGAUUCUCCCCCGGCUGCUGACCUCCUGCUCCGGGGGAAGAUUUCUCCCCACGCCCGGCGCCUCCUCCUCUUCCCCACCGAUGCGUCCGGCUGCCCCUGAUGCUCGGCGGCGCUCCGGGGCUUUCCGGUCGGUGGGAGAGGCUCGAGCCACGGCCGCGCGCCUGUAGGAUGCUGCGCCAGGUGUUGCACGCGGGACUGAGGACGUCAUUCCACGCGCUGGGCCGGUUCGUGGCCGGUCACGCGGUGUUCUUCGCCUCGGCGCCCGUUCUGCUGGCCAUCCUGCUGGGGGCCAGCUUCAGCCGCUACCGCGUGGAGGGGGACGUGGAGAGCCUGCUGGCGCCCAAGCACAGCCUGGCCAAGAUCGAGGGCAACCUGGUGGAGAGCCUGUUCCCCGUGAACCGAUCCAAGCACGCGCUCUACUCCGACCUGCAGACACCUGGACGCUACGGGCGCGUGAUCAUCACAGCCCGAAGGGGCAGCGUGAUGGACCCGGUUCACCUGGAGACCAUUCUACAGCUCCACAGGCGGAUCUACCAGAUGCAGGUGACCGUCCCGGCUACGACGGUGGGCUCCAGCGGCUUCAACUACUCCUUCUCCUACCUCUGUGUCCCCGACGACAAGAACGUCUGCAUCGUGGACGACAUAAUCCGGGCCAUGGAGGAGAUCCAGUCAGCCCGGACUUCCAACCGAAGCGUCCCGGUUCUGCACUACCCCAUCACACAGCUGGCGGACGGGAGGCAAGCGUACAUCGGGCACCAGCUGGGCGGCGUGCAGGGCUGGGGACACGGCGGGGCGGUGCGACCUCAAGGGACGGGAGCCAAAGGGGAAGGCGUCCGUUCUGCAAAAGCGGUGCAGCUCACCUACUACCUCCAAUCCCGAAGCGGGCUGAUGGACCGGGUGGCGGGUCAGUGGGAGAAAGCCUUCUGUGCCGAGCUGAAGCUCUUCGGAGCGUCGCAUCCAAAGCUGGGGCUUUAUCCCUCCACGUCUUCCUCGCUGCGGACUGACUUCCAGUUCUCCUCCGUGCUGGCACGUCGCCCCCUGCUGGCGAGUUUGGGAGUGUGCGGGGUGCUGGCCAUCCUCUGCUGCUCCAUGAGGGACUGUGUGAGGUCCAAACCCUGGCUGGGUAUGCUGGCUCUGCUGUCUGUGGCUCUGUCAGGACUCACUGCUGCUGGGAUCCUGAACCUGACCGGAGCUACAUACAACUCCACUUACCUGGGAAUCCCUUUCGUCAUGCUAGGCCACGGUCUCUUCGGCUCCUUUGAGAUGUUGUCAUCAUGGAGGCGAACGCGGGAGGAUCAGCACGUAAAAGAGCGAGUGGCAAGCGUCUUUGAGGAUGUCAUGCUGCGUUUCUCCGGCUCCACCAUGAUCCACCUGAUGACGUUGGGUCUGGCUGCCUCGCCGCUCACCAACAUGGAGGCCGUCCGCCUCUUCUGCCGCACCGCUGCCCUCGCCAUCACCAUCAGCUACAUCUACAUGCUGUCCUUUUACAGUUCCUGCCUGGUGUUUACAGGCUACUUGGAGACGAGGUAUAGACAUGGCUGCUUCUGUCGGCGAGUACCAAAGCCAGACCGGCUGGACUCGAAACCGGCUUGGUACCGGUGUUUGAUGUACACCCGUUACCAAGAUGAGACGCAAUCAACCAACCCGCUUCAUGGAGUUGGUCAGAAUCAUAUGCCAAAUCCUAACGUAACUCACAUAGCAAACAGUUCUGGUGUUCAUGGACACAUGGCUAACUCCAUACAAACACACUCGCCCCAUCACACUCAUUCAACAACAACCGCAGAUCCUCACCCUCAGGACUGCCAUCUUUUGCUGGGAUGUGUUCGGCAUUGCUAUGGAGACUGGAUCACCAACACUUACGUCAAACCCUUCGUAGUUUUAUUGUAUCUGGUUUACAUCUCCUUUGGAUUGAUGGGCUUUCUUCAGGUGACCCAGGGCUCUGAUCCCAGUGCACUGGUUGCCACGGAUACAGCAACAGUGUUGUACACGCGUGCGCAGCAUCGGUAUUUCAGCUCCUACUCGCCAGUGAUUGGAUUCUACAUCUAUGAAAGCGCCCCUUACUGGAAUGCCUCUGUGCAGCGGGACCUGCUGGAGUACGCCAAAGGCUUCCAGAGGAUCAGCUGGCUGGAGGCGUACCUGAGCUACCUGUCCGACCGCAACCAGUCCACCAACCAGCCUCGCGAGAACUUCACUCGCACACUGCGCCACUCCUUCCUGCACGAGCCGCAGUUCGCCCACUUCGCAGACGACAUCAUCUUCGCAGAGCGCGGACAAGGGGAGGAGCCAGACGUGGCGGCCUCGCGCAUCUUCUUGGUUGCCAAGACGACGGAGAACAAGCGCGAGGAGAUGUCGGUGCUGCUGGACACUCUGCGCCGUCUGUCUCUCACUUCUCGGGUUCGCUUCCUGAUAUUCAACCCCUCCUUUGUGUACUUGGACCGGUACGCAACAGCGGUCAGCUCCCCCCUCAGACACUCACUCCUGGCGGUGCUCUUCCUAUUGGGUCUGUCCUCCCUGGUUGUCGUGGAACCGCUGGUCUCCCUGUGGCUUGGACUCACCCUUCUCUCUGUCCAGUUUGGGGUUCUGGGCUUCAUGACUUUGUGGGGCGUGGAGAUGGACUGCGUGUCGGUGCUGUGCCUGAUCACGGCUUUGGGUCACUCGGCGGACUGCAGCGGUCCCCUCCUCUGUGGCUUCGCCUCGGGCCGCGGUGAAAGUAGGACUCGCUGGGUUUGCUUGGUGUUAGAGCGACACGGCAUUCCCUCCCUACAGACGCUUGUGUGCUACAGCGCCGCCCUGGUGCCCAUCUGCGCUGUGCGCUCCAACCUCACUCGCACACUCUUUCGCUGCCUCACUCUGACGGCCGGGUGCUCGGCCCUGCACACGCUGGCCUUCCUGCCGACCCUCCUCACCUUCCUGCCUCCCUCCAAGAGCAGGAACCAUCGGCCAGGAAGAGAGGGCCAGAGACAGGAAGUGGAGUGUGUUGAAAUGAAUGACAGCACCAGAGUAGUGGACCAGAUCACCACUGUUUGAGCACGUAGAGGUUGAAAGAUUAGCAAAAGGGGCAGUAUUAUGUAAAAUCAACUUUUUUUAGCUUUACAUCAGGUUAUGAUGUCAUUCCCUCAUCACAAACAUGCCUGGAUUGUUGCCUUGAUUCUUUAAUGCAUGUUUGAGAAAUCCUCUAAUCUCCAUGGAAACCAUUCUGCUGUUCAAAACAACUGGUUGGACGUAGCCCCGCCCUCAAGUUGCAUCUCCACCCCCACUCAACUCCUUCAGACUAGCCAACAGCAAUUAGCAAACACCUGGUGGAAAUGCAUAUCUGGUGGAGCUACGUCUCGGUGCAACGCUGGUAAAAACGUUGUUAAAGGGUCUGUAGAGGAGCCAUAUUGUGAUAACUUUCUGAAAGCCAAGUUUCAGAAAGAGCAGAAGCUUCUUAAAGAGACAGAAGCCCAAUUUCAAGGCGCUAAAUUACAAAAUCUAAUUUCUGUGAAGUCAUACAGCAUUUUGAAGGUAACGUAGUAACUUGACUGUGCUACAAAAUGGCACUAAAAUACAUAAUACUGCCUCUUUAAUCAGGAAAAAUAUUAAAUGUAGACCAUAAGGAGGAGAAAGGCAGGCCCUGGGUGAAAUGUCUUUCCUGCUUAUUGGUGGGGCGAUGCGGCAUGUAAAUCAGUUUUGUCCCAAUCACAGGAAUGAAAAUGUGCCUGGAUGUAAACACCUUUCACUUUAGAACUUGCUUUAGAUUUGACCCUUUACUGCCUAAUGCUGUAUUUACUUUCUGUUUGGCAUAUCAUGUUGCACAAUUUCAGCUUGGAUGACCUGAGGUAAUCAUCUGUAUUACUUAGUAUUUCUACUUUAAUGCUGGACAAAUAAAGUCAGAAUAAGAGAA